GAUUCGGGCACUGAUAAUAAGAAUGCCAAAAAUAAGAAGUGGUGCGGCGUAUUGAUUAAAUGCUCUGGGACAGAGCAAAAUGCAAUGGAAUGAGGGCAGACGAAUAGGGUGGUCAGCAUAGGUAGCAAUAAAGCUGGCCCCCACCAGAGGAGAAAAGGAACGAGUGGACUCCUGAGCAUGAAGCUGUAGAGGGACUUUAUGAGGAGAGACUCCUAGACAGAGGGAGAGAGCCGAGGCCGUAGAGCAAGAGCACGCCUCGCAGGUGGUUGUGGCAAGGUGGAAGAAGGAACAGGCCAGAGGUGGAAUGGGAGAGGGAAGACCUUGAAGGGUCGGUAGACAAGGAGCCAUUACAGGGAACUGUGGUUUGAAUACGACUUUUCCACCAGCUCUAAUCCCCAGAGUCACGCUAAUGGUGUUAAGGGGGUGGGAGCUUAAAUCUGACUUUGGCGUUUAGAGGCGUGGCCUUUGGAAGGUGUUAAGGUUUAGAUAAGGUCAUUAGGGUGAAGCCCUUGUAAUUGAAUCCUGGUGGGUUUAUAAGAACAGAGAUACACACAUACAAUCCCACCAGGACGUGAGGCAGCGUGGGGGCAGGGGACUUGCCAGCCCCUGUGAGCUGUGAACCUCUUUAUGGAGUAGCAUGCCUCAGGGACUUCAUUAUAGUAACAAAGAGCUGGCUGAUGCUCCAGGUUUUCAGUGGAGAAAUGACAAUCUGGCUUACAUUUUUUUUUUUUUUUUUUUGACAGGCAGAGUGGACAGAGAGACAGAGAGAAAGGUCUUCCUUUGCUGUUGGUUCACCCUCCAAUGGCCGCCGCGGCCAGCGCACCGCGCUGAUCCGAUGGCAGGAGCCAGGAGCCAGGUGCUUUUCCUGGUCUCCAAUGGGGUGCAGGGCCCAAGCACCUGGGCCAUCCUCCACUGCACUCCCUGGCCACAGCAGAGGGCUGGCCUGGAAGAGGGGCAACCGGGACAGAAUCCGGCGCCCCGACCGGGACUAGAACCCGGUGUGCCGGCGCCGCUAGGCGGAGGAUUAGCCUAGUGAGCCGCGGCGCCGGCCUUCAAUCUGGCUUACAUUUUGGCAGAGUCACUUUGGCUGCUAUGUUGGGAAUUCGUGUAGAGAGGAAGGAGUUACCCAGGCAAUAGGUGGAUGGUGGUGACCUGGGCCAAACUAAGUAAAAGAAUCAGGUUGGAUUACUUGGUGGAUCUGAUGGGAGGGUGGGAUAAAGAGUGCCUGGAUACAUGGAGAGCUGAGCUUGGAGAUGGUAAGGGAGACUGGGAAUUCGGUUUUGGUGGGGACUUUGGGUUGUUUUCCUCUUUGCCUCCUCCCUGUCUCUCCCCUACAGCAUCCUCCUUCAGGGAGGAGGAGUUCCAGAAUGGCUGAGGAGAAGAAGCUGAAACUUAGCAACACCGUGCUGCCCUCGGAAUCCAUGAAGGUGGUGGCCGAGUCCAUGGGCAUCGCCCAGAUCCAGGAGGAGACCUGCCAGCUGCUGACCGAUGAGGUCAGCUACCGCAUCAAGGAGAUCGCCCAGGACGCUUUGAAGUUCAUGCACAUGGGUAAGCGGCAGAAGCUCACCACCAGCGACAUUGACUACGCCCUGAAGCUGAAGAACGUCGAGCCCCUCUAUGGCUUCCACGCUCAGGAGUUCAUCCCUUUCCGUUUCGCCUCUGGCGGGGGACGGGAGCUGUACUUCUACGAGGAGAAGGAGGUUGAUCUGAGCGACAUCAUCAACACCCCGCUGCCCCGGGUGCCCCUGGACGUCUGCCUCAAAGCUCACUGGCUGAGCAUUGAAGGCUGCCAGCCAGCUAUACCAGAGAACCCACCCCCAGCUCCCAAAGAGCAGCAGAAGGCUGAGGCCACAGAACCCCUCAAGUCCACAAAGCCGGGCCAGGAGGAAGAUGGGCCCCUGAAAAGCAAAGGUCAAGGGGCCGCGCCAGCCGACGGCAAAGGGAAAGAGAAGAAGGCACCGCCCCUGCUGGAGGGGACCCCUUUGCGCCUGAAGCCCCGGAGCAUCCACGAGUUGUCCGUGGAGCAGCAGCUGUACUACAAGGAGAUCACAGAAGCCUGCGUGGGGUCCUGCGAGGCCAAGAGAGCGGAGGCUCUGCAGAGCAUUGCUACGGACCCGGGCCUCUACCAGAUGCUGCCGCGAUUCAGCACCUUCAUCUCAGAGGGGGUCCGUGUGAACGUAGUUCAGAACAACCUGGCCCUGCUCAUCUACCUGAUGCGCAUGGUAAAGGCGCUGAUGGACAACCCUACGCUGUAUCUAGAAAAAUACGUGCAUGAGCUGAUUCCAGCUGUGAUGACCUGCAUUGUGAGCAGGCAGCUGUGCCUGCGACCCGAUGUGGACAAUCACUGGGCACUCCGGGAUUUUGCCGCCCGCCUGGUGGCUCAGAUCUGCAAGCAUUUCAGCACAACCACUAACAACAUCCAGUCCCGGAUCACCAAGACCUUCACCAAGAGCUGGGUGGACGAGAAGACUCCGUGGACAACUCGUUACGGCUCCAUCGCAGGCUUGGCGGAGCUGGGACACGAUGUGAUCAAGACUCUGAUUCUGCCACGGCUGCAGCAGGAGGGGGAGCGGAUCCGCAGCGUCCUGGACGGGCCCGUGCUGAGCAAUAUCGACCGCAUCGGGGCCGACCACGUGCAGAGCCUCCUCCUGAAACACUGUGCCCCUGUUCUGGCAAAGCUGCGCCCACCGCCUGACAAUCAGGAUGCCUAUCGGGCAGAAUUUGGGUCCCUCGGGCCCCUCCUCUGCUCCCACGUGGUCAAGGCCCGGGCCCAGGCUGCUCUGCAGGCUCAGCAGGUCAACAGGACUACGCUGACCAUCACACAGCCCCGGCCCACACUGACCCUCUCACAGGCCCCUCAGCCUGGCCCUCGGACCCCUGGCUUGCUGAAGGUGCCGGGCUCCAUCACACUGCCCGUCCAGACAUUGGUGUCUGCACGAGCUGCCGCCCCACCCCAGCCUUCCCCUCCUCCAACCAAGUUUAUUGUAAUGUCCUCGUCCUCCAGCGCCUCAUCCACCCAACAGGUCCUGUCCCUCAGCACCUCAGCCCCCGGCUCAGGCUCCACCACUACCUCUCCUGUCACCACCACGGUCCCCAGCGUGCAGCCCAUUGUCAAGCUGGUCUCCACCGCCACCACCGCACCCCCCAGCACUGCCCCCUCUGGUCCGGGCAGUGUCCAGAAGUACAUUGUGGUCUCACUUCCCCCCACAGGGGAGGGCAAGGGGGGCCCUGCCUCCCACCCUUCUCCCGUCCCUCCCCCAUCAUCUUCCCCAUCCCCCCUUGGGGGCAGUGCCCUCUGUGGGGGGAAACAGGAAGCGGGGGACAGCCCCCCUCCAGCCCCAGGAACUCCAAAGGCUAAUGGCUCCCAGCCUUCCGGCUCAGGCUCCCCUCAGCCUGCUCCAUGACAGUGCCCCCCAUCUGCUGACCUGCACGUGUGCCAAGUGGAAGGAUGGAGCAGGCUGCUUCCCCCACGUGACUUUCUUUUUAGAUUACACAGCCAUUUCCCAGAAUAAAAGUUUGAUUUGUAAGCACUGA